AUCUUAAAAAAGAAAUAAGAUAAAUAAAUAAAAGAUUCCUUUUUUCUUUUUCAUGACAGAAUUAUUCUCAUACUUUCUUUAAAAAAUAGCCUCGUGUUUAUGUGGAGAAGGGAGCCAGUUGAGACACCCUUGCCUAUAUGGGUGAGGUGUUACUGCUGCUGGCUGGUGUGAGAAGGUCCUUGGAUGUGAACAUGGCUCAGAGUUCCAGCAGCUCCUCCGCCUGGGGACUGUCAUUUGGAAAAUGGAUCUGCUGGGACUGAAAAGGGUCCAUGAGGCACAACAGUUGUGUCCUCCACAUGAUGGAUAAGGAGUGGGGAGGCUCAGGGAAGGUGUGCACGCAGGUAUAGCUGUCUCUCCUGGAUGCUGAGACUUGAGACCCAGAAAGAAGUCUCCCAUGGCUCCUUAUCACAUUCGCCAGUACCAGGACAGUGACCGUAAACCUGUCCUGGAUAUGUUCACAAGGGGCAUGGAGGAACACAUCCCCGCCACCUUCCGCCGUGUGCUGAUGCUGCCCCGAACCCUCCUGCUCUUUCUUGGGGGGCCUCUUGCCACGGUCCUGGUGUCUGGCUCCUGGCUGCUCGCUAUUAUGUGCAUCGUCUUUCUGCUCCUACUCCUGCAGCUCCUUGCCAGACAGCCUUGGAAGAAGUACGUGGCCAAGUGUUUGCACACAGACAUGGCUGACAUCACCAAGUCCUACCUGCAUGCACGUGGCUCCUGCUUCUGGGUGGCUGAGUCUGGUGGUCAGGUGGUGGGCAUAGUGGGUUGUCUGCCAGUCAAGGAUCCCCCGUCAGGGAGGAAGCAGCUGGAGCUCCUUCACCUGUCUGUGUCCUCACAGCACCGAGGACAGGGGAUAGCGAAAGCCCUGGUCAGAACUCUCCUCCAGUUUGCGAGGGACCAGAGCUACAGUGACGUGGUCCUUGACACCAGUACCAUACAGCAAGGUACUGAGGCCCUCUACAUGAGCUUGGGCUUCCGGAGGACAGGCCAGUAUUUCAUGAGUAUGUUCUGGAGGUUAGUGGACAUUCCCUCAAUUCAAUUAAAGUAUUCCCUCCCUUCUGCCUAGGAAGUGGGGCUGGGCCCUAUGCCCCUGUACAGCAAGCAGGCCUGCUCCUCUCUGGAGGAACUAGUGAACCUUGUCAUGUCAAUGUGAUGAACAAUAAAAGCUCCUUGCUAUUGUA